GAGGGAGAGCUUUACUGCCGCCGCUCUCACACUCCCUCAGGACGACUCGCACAGCUGACUUGCUGAGUUUUUGCGAGAGUUGGACACACACACUCCGUCCCAGCCAUGGAGAAUCCCACAUCCCUCUCCGGACAUGAUGGACCUGUAGCACUCUCCGGAUUUUAAUCUGCACUCGUUUUCCAUUCGGAUUAUUUAUUUAAUUCCGCAGGCGUUGUUUAUACGGAGACGACAUGCACACGCGAGCCCAGUCCCGCAGCUGUGACAAUUACCUGAGCAUAAAGGACUCGGAGUCAUUAGACAGCUGUAUCCAGAGCACUCUGUCGUCAGUCUACGCUCCGUUCGGGGUGACGGCGUCCACGGUGCUGCUGCAGCUCUUCAGUGUGGUGGAGCGUCAGUACGGUGGAGACGGCCUGCGCUGCCUCAUCGACUUCCUCCUGCCUGCCACGAAGAUCUUACACACCAUCCAGAGAGAGAGCUGCCUGCGAUUUAAAGGCCUGCUGCUGUACCACGAGGGCUGGCCCCUGUGCAUCCACGAGAAGAUUGUCCUGCAGCUCGCCCCACUGCACAAAGUACGUCUGAGGCAGGGGGACUUCUACCUGCAGCUGGUGCCUCUGGGCCGCAAGGCCGCCAAGCUGGUGAUAAAAUGCCUGGCUCGAAGCGGACGCGCCCUGGCCGAGAUCACCGUGCCUGAGGGAAUGUAUCCCCGAGUCUUCACCACUGACUUCCUGCAGGAUGUGACACGUGAACGGAACCUGCAUCCCCUCCAGAACUGUUUGCUGAGCACCGGCGCUGCCGUCUACCGAACCCCCUGGAGGAACGUGGUGAACCCUGUGUGUGUGAGAAACGCCAACGAGGGCAUCAUGCAGCCGGGAGCACUGAGCAUCGGCCACCUCGGCACCUGCAGCACCCAUGGUUCCACAGGGACACUGGACAGCCGGAGGAGCUCCAGAGACUCGCUAGCCUCACAGGGAGCCGAUUCCACGGCUUCCGAACCCUUCCUGAGCCGCAGACCCAGUGAAAGCGACACGUACACAAACACUGGCACGUUGCCCACAGAGGAAAAAUCCCUGAGACCCAGUAUAGAUGUAGAGGGUGGGAGCAGGAGAGGAGGAAAUUCCAAGUGUCUCUCCUUCAGCACGGAUCUCAGCACGCCGAGACGGCGCCAAACCAGAGACUCGGCCGCUUUCGAGACCCGACGACUGUUUCGCAAGUCGUACAUGGAAGCUUUGCAGAACCCCAUGAAUCUGGGAUCAAGUUCCGAGUCUGUCCCGGAGGAAGGCAGUGAGCCGGCGGUCGAGGCCGAGACCAGGCCGAGAUGCGACUCGGACACACACCCGGCAAGACGGGGAUCCCUGCAGCGCCGCCUCUCGCCACUCCUCCCGCUGCAGCGCAGCAUCAGGUCUGAGAGGCGCUCCAAGUCACUGGAACGAUCCGGAAAAAGUGCAGUCAAAGGUCACCGGACACGCUCGUCCUCCGGCGAAGGCUCUCCCAAGAAGCUAAUGAACGGCUGCGCGAUACGUUUUGGGAGACUCGACCUCGAGAUGGCAUUUUACAGCACAGAAAGACGCGGCAGCAAAGGAGACUCAGGUCUUCCUGGCUCCCCCUCCAUCUCAGAGUCCAGAAGGAGCAGCAGCGCUGGUGAAGACUCUCCUAAAGUCUCAACCCGCAGUGCAUCCAUCUUAGCUCCGCCUCCUGUAGCUCCUCCUUCUCCAGUAGUUUCUCCCCCUCUUGCAGCGCCCCCCACAGGCUGUUCAGCUCCACUGACAUUAUUACUCACACAGCUGAACACCGAGCUGCUCACCUCUGGAGCCGUCUCUCUGCCUGGUAAUAGAGAUCGCAGUGGGCGUUCUGUUCUCCAGGUGUGUAUGAGGAACCGAGUGUGGACAGAUGAGCGCUUCACCUCCAGAGAGCUCACCUCCCUGCUGUGCUACUACUGCUCCACACUCCGCAAGGAGAAGAGGGAUCUGGGUCUGACCGUGUUGGUGGACUCACGGAGACAGCAGGCCAGUCCUGUGCUCUUCUCAGCUCUGUCUCAGCUUCAGGCUUCUCUGCCAAACGCACUUUAUUCCGUCUUGUUGCUCUCGGACAAAGAGGCGUCAGUCAAGCCCGAGAGAGAUUUCUCCAUUCCAUGUGAAGUGUUAACUUCUCUGAAAGCCCUACUGAAGCACAUUGACUCAUCUCAGCUCACACGAGACCUGGACGGCACUUUCCCCUACGACCAUAACCACUACAUACAGUUCAGACAGAAAAUGGAGCAGUUUUGCAGCAGCUGUAGCGCCGCCAUCUCGUCUCUGCAGAGGUCAAUAGACGUCCUGAACAGCAGCAGCAGCCUGGACACUGUCAAGGACGUAUCAGAGACGAUCAGCCAGCAAAGGAACCUGAUGAAGUGUGUGUUAGAGGACUCGCAGCUAAACCGCCUCAGGCUGGAGGGAGGAACGUUCCUCGCACGUGUCAGGAAAGAGGAGACAAAUGAAACCGAGAGCUACAGGGACGCAGUGGACGCAGCAUACACACUCUACAAUCAGCUGGACGAGGAGGUUCAUAAACUUGUCAUCCUGUCCAACAAAUCUCUUCAUGAGCUGGAGAACCUUCUAGAGCUGCGCACUUUUCAGGAGGAGACCGAGCGGAUUAGCCGCUGGUUCAGUUUGGAAGCAGAGACACACUUGGCUCCUCUGGACUCUCUCAGUUUUACCCUCAGUUCCCUGCAGGAAAUGAGACGGCGCCUGGAGCAGUUCACAGAGGAGGCAGCACUCCAGCAGAAGCAGGCCGCCGCUUUGACACAGGACCCCAGACGUCUGUCCGCUUCCACGUUACUGGAGCUCAAGCAGCACAUGAGCUCCGUCCUCCAGCAAGCACACACACGCCGGACCGAGCUGGACAUCCUGAUCAACCUUUACGAGUUCUAUGACUCGGCUCAGCAGUGGAUGACACACUGCGAGGACUAUUUCCAGAGCCUGAACAUGGACGAGAACAUCACAAGCUUCUCUCCUGAGGUUCUGCAGACGUUGCAGGACUACCACAAAGAGGCCACCAAGUUCUCUCUGGAGAACUUCAGCUCUUUAAAUGACACAGUGGCCACGCUGGACAGCCCACGGCAACUCCAGCACUGGAAUCACAUCUGGAUGAAGUGCCAGGAGACCCGGAAACAUCUAGAGGAGGUGUUAGAGAGAGCAGAAGUAGUUCAAGAGGACCCUGUGUCUGACUCUUCUCUAACCGCUGAUCUGACCUCUGACCUUUCAGAAACCAGGGAAAUACCUGCAAUCUGUGCGGACUUGCAGUGUGCAGAGAGCAGAAGUUCUCUUCCCGAGAUUAAACACACCUUUGAUUUUGAGGACGAGAAACCUCACUCGGCAGGUCCCUUCUCUAAAAAUGACUCGACUUUCAAGUCUUUUCUCUUCCCUUCCGAGAGAGGUAAACUCUCUCCAUCGCCGUUGGAUGACACAGACAGCGACUGCACCAUCGACUCAUCGUAUUCCUGUCACUCAGAGCCCGUAGCGAGGCACCGCAGGCCUCCACUGAAGAAAAUGAUGAAGAAGACGGUGAGUUCUGAGCUCUCGGGACACCACGGCUACUUGGGGGUCUACAUCAGAGGACUGGAGCUUAGCAACAGCAUAUGCGGGGAGAAGAAACCACAGAGGCCGCACGUGAAGAGUCCCGUGCUGGCACGGACCAGGAGCCUCCCAUCACCUUCCAUAAGUCAGGGACGACAGGGAGACAGUGAGACCAAGAGACAGAGCAGUAAAAUCCAGCACAUCAUGGAUGAGAUGAUCUCCACAGAGAGGGAGUACGUGCGUUCCCUCUCCUACAUCAUGGAGCACUAUUUCCCAGAGCUGGAAAGGCCAGACCUGCCGCAGGACCUCAGAGGAAAGCGCAGCAUCAUCUUCGGAAACCUGGAGAAGCUGUGUGACUUUCACAACCAGUACUUCUUGAAGGAUCUGGAGCAAUGCACUCAUUCUCCACUUUCAGUCAGCGCCUGCUUCCUGAGACACGAGGACCAGUUUGGAAUGUACGCUCUGUACAGUAAAAACAAACCCCGCUCUGACGCCCUGCUCACCAGCCAUGGCAAUGCUUUCUUCAAGGUGAGACACACCCGUCUGAGGCGUUACGUAAAACAUCUCAGGUUCACAAUAAAGAAUAAACAGAUGGAGCUGGAAGACAAGAUGGACCUGGCGUCCUACCUGCUGAAGCCCAUCCAGAGGAUGAGUAAAUAUGCCCUGCUGCUAAAGGAUCUGAUAAAAGAGUGCGGUCAAUCACAGGAGCAGGAGCUCGCCGACCUCAAGACAGCCGAGGAGAUGGUCAAGUUCCAGCUACGCCAUGGCAACGACCUGCUCGCCAUGGACGCCAUCAGAGGAUGUGAUGUGAAUUUGAAAGAACAGGGCCAGCUGAGGUGUCAGGAUGAGUUCAUAGUGUGGUGCGGACGCAGGAAGUACCUCCGGCACGUCUUCCUGUUCGAGGACCUUAUCCUGUUUAGCAAAACCAAAAAGAUCGAAGGGGGAUACGACAUCUACAUCUACAAACAGUCUUUUAAGACUGCAGAGAUCGGGAUGACGGAGAACGUGGGCGACAGUGGCCUCCGGUUCGAGAUCUGGUUCCGGCGAAGGAAGUCCCAGGACACGUUCAUCCUGCAGGCCAGCUCAGCCGAGAGCAAGGCAGCCUGGACCUCCAUCAUCGGGAAGAUCCUGUGGAGACAAGCGCUCAGGAACAGAGAGUUGCGGAUGCAGGAGAUGGUCUCUAUGGGAAUCGGCAACAAGCCAUUUAUGGACAUCAAACCGAGCGACGCAGCCAUUAGUGACCGAGCGGUGGAUUACAUCAUGAAAGGCACAGAGUCACGCACUCGUUCCACCAUCUCUGCCUCCUCCUAUGAUCACUCCAGUCCGUUCAAGAGGCCACAUUCCACCAUCUCCAACAGCAGCUCCUCCUCGUCCAGCAGCCACUCCUCAUCCUCCUUCCUGAGCUCCCUCAACUUGCCGCUUUUUAGCUCUGCCCUCCACCCUCCCUUUGCCCACUGGCACUACGACUGCAUCGAGGAGGAUGAGCUGGAGCAUGACGCCGCCACACAGCCCUCCAUGAUCACAGAGGGCUCCGAGUCGUCCUCUCACAGCUGCUCGAGUGAUGGCGUGAACAGCGUGAGCAGCGUGAGCGCUCUGUCCGUUCCCUGUCACUCGUCCCUCAUCAUGGACUCCUUCAGCAGCGAGUCGUCCUUCCUCUGUUCCUCCUCCGUCUCCUCAUCUCCCUCACACCGCUUCCACAAAGAGCACAACGACACCAACAGCUUCAUCACAGCGAACACUCCGUGUCGUGCCGUGUGUUUCGGCAUCAGCACGUUGGUGUGAAACAUUUAUAGAUCACUGUGACAUCACUUCCCACAAUCCGAUCCACACUACGGUCCGAUCCACGUGUCGGUCCGAUCCACACGGCAGGGCGGGAGCGAGGCGGCGUGUAUCGGUUAUAUACACUGAACUCUGCUGUAUAUACUCAUUAUUUCUAAUUCUAGAUGCAUUGUCACGCACUGCUUAAAGCCGUCACGCUGCCGGUACGCUACGGACUCCACAUCCGGCACAUCAAUGAACUCACGUUUCUCCUCAAGAAGCACAAUGUGUUCUUGUUUGUUUGUUUGUUUGUUUGUUGUUGUUGUUGUUUGUAAGCAUGUUCUGUACAGAAAUGUUUCCUCGUUAGCGUGUUCAUUUUUUAGAGCCAGCACUACUAAUAAAAUAAUUUCCCAACUUUC